AUCCAGUGGAUUUCAGUCAGACUCUUAUCGAUAGUCAUAAAAAGUUGUGAACUUAUUCCAGGUGGUUUAAAUUUCAUUUCAGUCUACAGAAAUGUCGAAAACUUUAGAAACAUCGCCAAAUGCCCGAAUUAACAAGACAUUAUUGGAUCGUUAUGCAAAACUAGAAAUUCCAGAAAAUAAAGUGAUUGUCACUUAUAUUUGGUUUGACGAUUGCAUUCGCAGUAAAGAGCGUGUGUUAAAUUUAGCUCCUACAUCUGUGAAUGAUAUUCCAAUUUGGUGUGCAGGACACGGGGAAGAUGAUGGAAGCUUAUCUGAAUGGUAUUUGCAUCCGUGCGCUAUUUACAAAGAUCCAUUCCGUGGCGGUAAACAUAUUUUAGUGUGGUGCGAAACCUAUUCCGGCGACGGGAAACCGUCCAUCACUAACCAUCGUAAUAAUUGUGCAAAAAUAGCUGUUAAAUGUAGCGCCGAAGAGCCAUGGUUCGGAAUUGAACAAGAAUACCUUUUUCUCGAUAAUGAUGGGCAGCCCUUAGGUUGGCCCAAAAAUGGCUAUCCAGGUCCAAUUGGUCCGUAUUAUUGUGGAGUUGGUGCCGAGAGUGUAUAUGGUCGUGACAUUGUUGACGCUCAUUUGCGUGCCUGUUUGUAUUCUGGCAUAAGAAUUUUCGGAACCAAUGCUGAAGUCUUGCCAGGUCAAUGGGAAUUUCAAGUCGGUCCAUCCAGCAGUGUUAGCGUUUGUGAUGAUUUGUGGGUUGGACGUUUCUUAUUGCAGAGAAUUGCCGAAGAAUUUGGCGUUUCUGUAACAUUAGAUCCAAAACCAGUUCGAGGAGAGUGGUUUGGCUCGGGUUGUCACACUAAUGUUUCCACUAAAUCAAUGCGUGCAAGUGGCGGAAUUGAGGCCAUUAAUGAAGCGAUUGAAAAGUUAUCCAAAUCCCAUGAGAAACAUAUCAAAGCUUACGAUCCAAAUGGUGGAAAAGACAAUGAACGACGUUUGAAUGCUGGAUGUGUUACCGCACCUAUUGAUAAAUUCAGCUCUGGUAUUGCUGAUCGCAGUGCCUCAGUUCGCAUUCCAAAGACUGUAGCUGAUGCUGGUUGUGGCUAUUUAGAGGAUCGUCGCCCUGCUUCAAAUUGUGAUCCAUAUAUGGUUGUCGCCACAAUGCUUUCUACCAUUUGUCUCGAUGAGUGAAUGACAUGCUACGAAAAGAUAGACAUUUGGUUUGAUUAUUUCUUUGUAAUGAAGUUGCUAUGCCACUAAAAUAUUAGAAAUGGUAAUUCAACCAAAAUAAAAUAUUCAUCUUUUCCAUUACUCUAA